AUGUCUCAAAGGUUACAAGAUAUUAAGAAUCAUAUUGCACCAGAUAGUGUAUCAACAACACAAAAUUUAAAAAUUAUUAAAGAAUCAAAAAAUCCUGAUGAUAUUGUCAUUAUUGCAGCAAAUAGAUCUGCUAUUACAAAAGGUUUUAAAGGUGGAUUUAAUGAUAUUAAUACAGACUAUUUAUUGGUAUCUUUCUUAAAAGAAUUUAUUGAAAUUUGGCCAAAAUCUCUACAAGAGAAUUUAGCUUUAGUUGAAGAUAUUACUUGUGGUAAUGUAUUGAAUGUUGGUGCAGGUGCUACGGAACAUAGAGCUGCUAUGCUUGCUGCAGGGUUCCCUUAUCAAACUUCAUUUAAUGCAAUCAAUAGACAAUGUUCUUCAGGUUUAACUGCUGUUAAUGACAUUGCUAAUAAGAUUUCAUCGGGACAAAUUGAUAUCGGUCUUGCAUUAGGUGUUGAAUCAAUGUCAAAGAAUUAUAAAAAUAUCAAUCCAUUAGGAUCAAUCUCUGAAGAAUUAUUAAAUGAUAAAAAUGCUAAAAAAUGUUUAAUACCAAUGGGUUUAACAAAUGAAUUAAUUGCAAAAAAUUUUAAUAUUAAUAGAAAUCAACAAGAUUCGUUUGCAUCAAAAUCAAAUCAAAAAGCUAUUGAAGCAAUUAAACAAGGUUUAUUUAAAGACGAAAUUUUACCAUUAAAAUCACCUUCUUCAGGAAAAAUUAUUGAUACUGAUGAGGGACCACGUGAAAAUGUUUCAGUAGAUUCUUUAUCAAAAUUGAAUCCUGCAUUCAUUAAGGACCCUAAAAAAAAUGGUACUACUACGGCAGGAAAUUCUUCACAAAUUUCUGAUGGUGUUGCCGGUGUAUUAUUAGCACGUAGAUCUGUUGCUGAAUCCUUAGGUUUACCAAUUAUGGCACGCUAUUUAGCAUUUCAAGUUAUUGGUGUACCACCAGAAAUUAUGGGUGUUGGACCAGCUUUUGUAAUUCCAAAACUAUUAUCAAAAUUACAAUUAUCAAUUAAUGAUAUUGAUAUUUUUGAAAUUAAUGAAGCCUUUGCUGCUCAAUGUUUAUACUGCGCAAAUAUUUUAAAGAUCGAUCAAGAAAAAAUUAAUCCAAGAGGUGGUGCAAUUGCUUUAGGUCAUCCCUUAGGUUGUACGGGUGCAAGACAAGUAGCUACAAUAAUGAGAGAAUUACAAACGGGACAAAUUGGAAUAGUCUCAAUGUGUAUUGGUACAGGAAUGGGUGCUGCUGCUGCAUUCCUAAAAGAGUAA